UUUAUGAUCGACAUUUUCUAAAUCUAUUGGAAAUUAGUUUGCGGACGUAAAUUUCAUUUAUUUUCGUUUGAUAAGUUCCAGAUCUGCGAAUAUAUGAAUGCAUUGAAGACCUAUUCAAGCAUUGUUUAAAGGGACGAUAAACAGUGACGUAUGAACGUUAUGUGUAUGCCAAUAAGGCAAAAGUUUUUUUCGCGACCAUUAUAGCGGGAAAUCUACGUUGUGACGCGCACAAAUCGGGAUUAUUCGUCGCGAACGCUGGCGGAGUGUCGUAACAGCCUUGUUAUGUGGCCAUAUAUAUUUUGACAGUGGACUCGUGAUAAAAAUUGUUUUAAUUGACAAUGUCGGAGGAAAUGGCGGUGUCUGAUAACACAACAGGGGACGAAGCUAAAGUGAGCAACGAUGAGGCAGCGGCGGCGACGGUGGCAGAGCCCGAAGAGGUGACGCCCGAGGAUCCGAGUGAGCCUGCAGCUCCUGAAGCCGAGGAGACUCCGGCUCUAGCAGAAGCUGCUCCAGAACCAGACCCUGAACCGGAACCGGAACUAGAAGCAGAACAGCAACCAGAAGCCGAAGCGGAGCCAGAACCAACUACAGAAGUACCAGAAGUGAAGGAAGAACCAGAAUUUGACGAUGGAGACAGAGAUACUCCUCUUGAUACACAAGAUGACGUGGAUAUUAAACAAGAAGACGAACUUUCUGACCAGAUCGAUACCUACGAGCAUGGUAUAGGAGAUGAGAAGAGAGGCAUCAAACGGAGGGCCUCUGAUGCCUUCAGUGAUGGCCCUGAAGAUGAAUUCAUAGGUUUUGAUGAAGUCAAACAUGAUGUAAAGACAGAGGAUUAUUGUCGUAUUUUGGAGCGGCUCGAGGCAGAGGUGACAGCAGCUUCUAAAGACCUGGUGCCUCUGAGAACUGUUAUGGGCAUGCCUGCAGCACCUGGCAAGGCUUCAAAACGACCUCGGACAGACACCGACGGAUCCAGACCGUCUUCAGCACUCUCUUCAAGGUCUGACGGAGAAGGAGCUACUGAUCCAGCAUUACAAAUUAAGAUUGAGGAGAAAAAACCGAAGGCCAGCUCGGCGUCGUCCCCGGCGCAGCGCGGGCGGCGCGCCACCACGGAGAUGUCGUCGCCGCUGCUGCGCGUGCCGCUGGAGCGCGGCUGGAAGCGGGAGCUCGUGUACCGCGCCGCGCUCGACGCGCACUCCAGGAGGAACGCCGAUAUCUACUACUACACGCCCUAUGGGAAGAAGCUGAGGUCUACGAGGGAGAUCGCAGAACACCUGGCUGGCACCGGACUGACAGUAGAAAACUUCUCCUUCUUCAAAGAACCUCUCGGCGUGGACGACCCUGAGAAAGAAAUUAUAAGAGACGCGAAGCUGAUCCGUCGCGUGGACUCCCCCGUGGCGGCCACCGCGCCGGCCGCGGCCGAGGGCAAGCGCACGCCCAAGCCCAAGCAGCCCAAGGGCGCCAGCCCCGAGCCCGCCCCCACAAACAACAAGUCACCGCCCGCCAAGCUGAAGGUGAAAUCGAUGGGUUCCCGACUAAGUAACAGCGCGCCCCCCGCGGCCGCGCCCGCGCCCGCCAAGCCGCAGAAGAAGCCCGCAACACCCGCCACCACCAACAACGCCGACAACAACAACAGCGCCGCCUGGAAGAAGCCGAGUGCAAUUAACCCUCCGCUGCGGGUACUGAGCGGGGGCGAGUGUAGUGCGGUGUCGGCCAGGCCGUCGCAGCCGCUAGCCUCGCGGCCGCCCGCUAGCGCGCCCCCUCCCGCGCCCCCUCCCGCGCCCACUCCCGCGCCCUCCACUGCCGCGCCCGCGCAAGCUGUGGCCUCGCCUGCGCCCGCGCCCCCUGCGCAGAUUGAUGUACAGUAUAAGAAAUAG